AUGAGUCAACAGAGGGAAAAAGUAUGGGUAUCUGAUGAACGAGAGGUUUUUGUUCAAGGUCAAUUGGUAGAGCGGAAAGUGGUUAAGAAUAAGCAAGGCCAGGAACAAGCGGUUGCUGUGGUUAGUGUGAAUGGUAAGGAAACAGAGUUUUCCGAAGACGAUGUAGCCUCGGUGAAUCCUUCUACCUUUGAUAAAGUGGACGACUUGUCUGAAUUGACGCAUCUUAAUGAAGCUUCUGUUCUUUUCAAUUUACAGAACAGGUACCAAGAUGAUUUGAUUUACACUUAUUCAGGAUUAUUUUUAGUGGCCAUUAACCCAUACAGUAAUAUCAAGAUAUAUAGUAACAGCUAUAUCAAAUUAUACCAUGGAUCUCCGAAGGAGGAUAAUAAACCGCAUAUCUUCGCUGUCGCUGAACAGGCUUACCAGAAUCUUUUGCAUCAAAAGCAGGAUCAAUCGAUCUUGGUUACCGGUGAGUCAGGUGCUGGUAAAACAGAGAAUACAAAAAAAAUCUUACAAUAUUUGGCAUCCAUUACGACGGAUGAUAAGAUUUUAUUAAAUCAGACGAACGAAUCGUUUGAAAGGAAAAUCUUACAAUCAAACCCAAUUUUAGAAUCCUUCGGUAACGCCCAAACGGUGCGCAAUAACAAUUCCUCACGUUUUGGUAAAUUCAUUAAGAUCGAUUUCGACGAAUAUGGUAAGAUCAAUGGAGCACAUAUCGAAUGGUAUCUAUUGGAGAAAUCAAGAGUUAUACAAGCUCAUGCCAGGGAAAGAAACUACCAUAUUUUUUAUCAAAUAUUAUCUGGCAUGUCGAAGCAAGAGUUACGGGCUAUUGGAUUAGAAUCGAAUUCCAUCGUUGAUUACCAGUAUCUACGACAUUCCAACCCAUCAAUUCCAGGUAUUGACGAUGGUCAAAAUUAUCAGGAACUUGUAUCCGCGUUUGAAACUGUUGGAUUUACGAAGGAUGACAUUCAAUCCAUUCUCAAAUGUAUUUCUAUCAUAUUGCACAUCGGUAACGUUGAGUUUGUAUCAGAGAGGUCAGAACAAGCCAGCAUUAAAAAUGAUAUCAAACCCUUGUGUAAACUUCUAGGAGUUCAGGAAGACGAUUUCAAGUCAGCUGUUCUAAAACCUAAAUCAAAGGCUGGUAAAGAAUGGGUAUCACAAGCCAAAAAUGCCUCACAGGCAAGGUCAAUUCUUAACUCUUUAUCCCGAUCAUUAUAUGAGAAGCUUUUCGAAUAUAUUGUAAAUCAAAUUAACAAGAGUUUAGAGCAUGGAUCGAUGACUGAAUAUUUUAUUGGAUUAUUGGAUAUCGCUGGGUUCGAAAUUUUCAAAGAUAAUUCUUUCGAACAACUAUGUAUCAAUUACACAAAUGAGAAAUUACAACAGUUUUUCAAUCAUCAUAUGUUUGUAUUGGAACAAAAUGAAUAUCAAAAGGAAGACAUCCAAUGGAAUUUCAUCGAUUAUGGCAAAGACUUACAAACCACAAUUGAUUUAAUUGAACAGAAAAACAGCAGCAUUCCAGGUAUACUACCGAUUUUAGAAGAAGAAUCGAUCUUACCAAAAUCUUCAGAUGCCUCUUUUUAUUCGAAAUUACUUUCAUCUUGGGAUAAUAAAUCCACUAAAUUCAAAAGGUCUAAGCUGGAUAACUGCUUUAUACUAAAGCAUUAUGCAGGUGAUGUUGAAUACAACGUUACUGAUUGGCUAUCAAAGAAUAAAGAUCCUUUAAAUGAAAAUUUAUUGCAGGUACUCAAUGAUUGUGCGAACCCUCUGGUAUCACAAUUUUUCGCAGAUCGCAUUAGAGGCAGUUCUUUUAGGACAUCAUCUAACAAACAUAGGGAACAGCUCCAUACACUCAUUGAACAGCUUGGCAAUACGGAUCCCCAUUUCGUUCGUUGUAUAAUUCCAAACAACAAGAAAAAGGCAGGUGAUUUUGAUAAGAAGCUUAUUCUAGAUCAAUUACGGUGUAACGGUGUUCUUGAAGGAAUAAGAAUUGCUAGGGAUGGUUAUCCCAACAGAAUAUUCUUCAAGGAAUUUUUCCAAAGAUACAAAAUUCUUUCAGAUGAGUGUAGAUUCACUAACAACUCCAAAAAGAACUGUGAAAUACUGUUAUCAUCACUUCACCUGGAUCCAACAAUUUACAAGGUCGGGAACACAAAGCUGUUUUUCAAAGCUGGUGUAUUAGCAAACCUUGAACUGCUGAAAGAACAGCGUUUGAGUGCAGCUGUUACUAGGUUAAAUGCUAUAAUAUCUGCUAAUUCAGUCAGGAAAGAAAUCAGAAGUCAUCUUAAGAAAUUACAGGCUGCAAGGAUCUUAAAGGUAACUUUUGAAACCUAUGACAGGCUCAUGGAAAAUCCAUGGUACAAUUUAUACAUGAAAUUGCUACCGCUUUUAGACUCUUCGAAUACCAUCUUGAAAACUAAAAAAAUAGCUGAACAAGUCAAACAACUCGAAAACAAGCUAGCAGAGAGCGAAAAAAGUACGACGGUUAUGGUAGAUGCAAAGAGGCUGGUGGAACAAGAGUUAGAAAAAGUUAAAGCAUUAUUGUUAAAAGAAACUAGUGAACUACAACAGUCGCAAGAACUUCUUGAGGCUACCAAGACAAAGCAAAUUCAAAUUCAACAAAAAUGGGAUGAAACUCUGUCAAUUAAAGACUCUUUGGAAACUGAAAACCUCGAAUUAUCUAAAGAAGCUGAUAAUUUACGCCUUGAAUUAGAAAAGACGAAAAAUGCUUCCGAUUUAUCAGAAGAUAAGUUUAGAGAGUUGUCCCAUGAUAAAGAAAAGCUGGAGAUUACAGUCAAUGAACUUAAGAAUAAGUUGGAUGUUGUAAAGAAUGACGAGCGUGCUUUAGACUCCGAAAAAGAUAAAUUAAUUAGGGAAAUUAGUGAUUUGAAGAAAGAGAUUCAAGAGAAGACGAUGUCUUUGAAGGACAUGGAAGCCAAGGUUAACGAUUCCGAAAUAGCCAUUGAUGUAAAGUUAAAGUCUUUGGAAAAGCAUCUUGCUGCUACAAGUAACAGAAUGAAGGGAUUUUUUGAAGAGAAUACUCAACUUGCUGCUCAGGUCAAGUCUUUAAAAAAUGAUAUUGCUACAAAAAACAGCCUAUUUGAGAAUAAAUCUGCUGAGCUCAACCGGGUUAAUGUUAAAGUUUCGGAACAGGAAUCAAUGGUAAAUUCAUUAUCCAAAGAAAAAGAAUCACUAUUAAUUCAAGUAUUAUCGUUAUCAAAGGAAUUAAAGGCAGUGAGACAAGAAAAUGACUCUAAUAAAUGUAAAUUGGAGUCCAUCAAUGAAGAAUACUCAAAAUUGUUAGCGGCAAAACAAGAAAAUGGAUCUUCUAAUGGCAACCAUGAACUAAACAAAUUGAAGACAGAGUUACUACAAGAACAGUCAAUGAAUAAAUUCCUCAAUGAGCGUCUGCUGUCUGUUGGCAGAUCUGGUAAAGCUGUCAAUGGAUUUUCGUCUUCUGUAGGUACAGACGAUCUACGGAGAGAAUUUGAUGAACUUUCCAUGAAAUAUAAAGAUGUUGAAAUGAGAUUGACCAGUGAAAUUGAGGAAAAGAAGAAUUUGAUUUCUCGUUUGAGAUUUGCAGAAACUCGUUUAGCUUCUGCUUCCUUUGACAAUCAAACUUUGACUGCUCAAUUGAAGAAGAUCAAACAACUUUCAAAGUCUACUUUAUCUGAAGUGAACUUAGACGAGGAACUUGAAAAUAUUGAUAAGUUUGAACUAAACCAAGAGAAAAUGCUUCUGGAAAUCGACUUCUUAAAAAGACAGCUCACAAAGGAAAUGAACGCUAGAAAAAAUGCUGAAAGGGUCGCAAGUGCGCUUCAUCAAAAGGUUGGACAAAUACAACGAUCUGAUUCUUCUGCUGAUAUCUUUAAACUGCGAUAUGAGGCAAACGAAGAUUACGUUAAAUCUCUGGAGAUGAGACAAAACAGCUCUCCGUUUAGGGACAAGACGAACAUCAUUAAUGGUGAUAUUUUCAAACACCGCGAAUCCUUCGAGAAAUACGAAGAAGAACUACAGCGUCAUAGAGUAGAGUCUAAUAGGCUUCACAGUUCUCUGGUAGAAUAUCAAAACAAGCUGCACGACCUGACGUUAGAUUACAAUAAGAGUUUGGUAACGGAAGCUUCGUUGAGAGAACAAAUAGCUCAGUUAGAUGAUGAACUGAAAACAGUAGAACAACAGAAAAAUAUGAUUCAAUCUAACUCUAAGCGUUAUCAGACGCAAUACGAAGGGUCGCAAAGAGAUUUGGUUACUGUAGAAAGUGAAGUCAGAGCUGUCAAGCAUGGUUUAAAGCAAGCAGAAAAAGAUAUCGAGAGUAUGACGCAAAUGAUUCAAAAGCUCAGAUCUCAGAACAAACAGAAAGAACAAGAGAUCUGGCAGCAGGAAACAAAAAUUACUGAACUUGAAUCUCAACUUGACGAGAAAACGAUCGAACUUGAUAAAUCAAUAUCUAAAAGCAAAGCACUAGAGGAAGAUAUAACACAUUACAAGGAAAGGGCAAGAGCCGUAGAAAAUAAUAAAGAAUACUUAGUGGAAAUUGAUUGUUUAAAAGGCAAGUUAGAUGGUUAUUUGAGAUUAGAAACUGAAAUGAAAAAGGAAAUGUCAAGUCUCGGUUAUCAACUGGAGACUUUGAAACUCGAUUCGGAGGCAAAAAUCCAAGAUUUAUUGAAACAGACCAAUCACUAUGAGCGUCUUGUGACAGAACUUGGGAUUCAAAAAGAUGAAGCUGAAGCUGCCAAGAAGACACUUGAAACAACUAUCAAAACUCUGCAGGUGAAAAAUUUGAGUUUAGAAGAGACCACACAAUCCCUAUCAGCUGAAAACAAACAACUCCAAGAAGAACGUACAUUUUUGAGGUCUAAACUCGAUGAAGCAAAUGGGAACUUUUCCCAGUCUUUAAAAGAAAAGGAAAAGUAUUCGCACGAUGUUCAAUUCUUGGAGGAAUCUUUAGCUUUGCAAAAACAACAAGCAGAACGUAAUGAAGAACUCAUAGAUCAAUUGCAAACAGAAUUGGAUACGAUAAAAACAACAUUUUCUUCGGAAAAAGAUAAGAAUGCAAAUCUAUUCCAAGAAAAUGCUUCUCUAGCAAAAGCCAAUGAGAUUUUGAGGAACGAUCUUUUGGAUGCGAAGAAUAAACUAGCUGACACUUCUGAGAAUGACGCAUGGUUCAAUAAAGUUCAAACUCUAACAACUACUCUAGAAGAAGAACGUACUUCCAAGUUCGAGGAAAUCAAGAAGUCCAAGAAACUUGAGAGAAUAAUUGAAGAGUUAGAGAGGAAGAAUGAAGAACAAGCCAAUGUAAUCGAGAUAGCCAACGAUGCUAAAUCACAAUACGAGGAAACUAUUGGUAAUCUCGAUGAAAAAUUGGGAGAAAUAGAGGCCAUCAAUGCUACUAAGGAUGCAACACUGAAUAAAAUGCAUAGAGAUAACACUUACUAUCAAGAACAGAUAUCUGAACUUGAGAAGGAAAUAUCAUCCUGGAAGCAAAGAUACGAGAAACUUUCUGAAAGAAGACAAUCCUUAGCUCAAUCUACAGAUGGUGUCUUCAUUUAA